AGGGGCAGAUGGGGAUGCCACCUUAAGAAAGUAGUGCAGUAUCUGCAGUACUGACUGCAUGAGUGUUCCUGUGUACUAUCAGAAGUGUAGAGGACUAUAGAAAGGUACCAUGGCUUCCCUUAGUCCUUUCGAACGGUCCAGUAAGGACAUUAUGAAUGUGAUGCAGAGGCUGCAAGAUGAACAGGAGUUGGUACAGAAAAGAACUUUCACAAAGUGGAUUAAUUCUCACUUGGCAAAGCACAAACCUCCCUUUGAAGUCAACGACCUCUUUGAGGACAUUAAGGAUGGGGUGAAACUGUUGGCUCUGUUAGAGGUGCUGUCUGGACAGAGAUUACCAUGUGAGCAGGGCCGGCAACUGAAAAGGAUCCACUGGGUGUCCAACAUUGGCACUGCACUGAAGUUUCUGGAGGGCAGAAAAAUCAAACUAGUCAAUAUUAAUGCCACCGACAUCGCUGAUGGACGCCCAUCCAUUGUCUUGGGGCUGAUGUGGACCAUUAUCCUCUAUUUCCAGAUUGAGGAGUUGACCAGCAAUCUGCCAGCCCUUCAGGCUUUAUCCAGCAGCACAUCUUCCGUGGAGAGCAUGGCCAGCUCAGAGACGGGCAGCCCACCCUUGAAACGCAAGGUGGUCACCAAGUUUCAGAGCAAUGCCAAACGAGCCCUGCUCAAAUGGGUCCAAAGCACAGCAACCAAGCAUCUUGGGAUUGAAGUUAAAGACUUUGGUCCUAGUUGGCGCAGUGGUGUGGCCUUCCACUCCGUUAUACAAGCAAUACGGCCAGAACUCGUUGACAUGGACCUUGUAAGAAGAAGAAGUAACCGUGAGAACCUAGAAGAAGCAUUCAGUGUGGCAGAGAACGAGCUUGGAAUACCACGUUUACUAGAUCCUGAAGAUGUGGAUGUGGAUAAGCCUGAUGAGAAAUCAAUAAUGACAUAUGUAGCUCAGUUCCUGAAGCACUACCCAGACCCCCACCAAUCCAAGACAGAUGGACUGCAAGAAGAGAAAGAGGAGAGGAAUGUGCUGAGAGAGGUGAAGAUCUGGCUGGAUCAGCUGGACAGAGAUAUACUGCGCGCACAGGGUUCUGAAGAGAGUCUCACUGACAAAUAUCAGGCCUUUAAGAGCUUCCGUGUGCAGUAUGAGAUGAGGAAAAAACAGAUUGAGUCUCUUCUGCAGCCGGUACACAGAGAGGGCAAACUAUCAGUGGACCAGGCGGUCGUCAAACAGUCCUGGGAUCAUGUGUCUGUCAGGCUCUUAGACUGGCACAUCCACCUGGACAAGUCUUUGCCUGGCCCUCUUGGAGUGAUUGGUGCCUGGCUGCAUCGUGCAGAACUUGCCCUGAGAGAAGACGUGCCCAUUCAACAGGCCCAUGAUGAGACCGCCAACAUCAUCCACAGAAAACUGGAACAGCACAAGGAGGUGCUGAAGAAUUUGGAAGUACACAGACAGACAUUUCAACAAAUUCACAGAGACAGAUCCGUAAACGGUGUCCCAGUUCCCCCAGAGCAGCUGCAGGACAUGGCAGAAAGAUUUCAUUUUGUGUCCACAUCAUCUCAUCAUCUGAUUAAACUUGAAUUCUGGGAGAUGAAGUAUCGCCUGAUGGCAUUUCUUACCCUGGCGGAGUCGAAGCUUAAAUCUUGGAUCAUUAAAUAUGGCAGACGUGACUCAGUGGAGCUUCUCCUGCAAAAUUAUAUUGCAUUCAUUGAAGGUCAUAAGUUCUUUGAGCUAUAUGAAACCACGUUUAAGAGUCUGAAACAAGCUGCAGACACCUAUAUGAAAUCUGGAGCUUCAGCUGAAGAGGGUGAAGGGGUAAAUAAGUUUCUGAGCGAUGCGACGGCGCAGUGGAAGAACCUGUCGGUGGAGGUCCGCAGUGUACGCAGCAUGCUGGAGGAAGUCAUCUGUAACUGGGAGAAGUACAGCAGCAUGGUGGCCAGCCUGCAGGCCUGGCUGGAGGAUGCAGAGAAGAUGCUUAAUCAAUCAGAGAGCGACAAACGGGAUUUUUUCCGGAAUCUUCCACACUGGAUCCAACAGCACAUGGACAUGAACGAUGCUGGAAACUUCCUGAUUGAAACAUGUGAUGAGACUGUGUCCAGAGAACUGAAACAACAGCUGCUACUCCUCAACGGCAGAUGGAGAGAUCUGUUCAUCAAAGUCAAACAUUAUGCAAGAGCAGAUGAAAUGGACAAACUGAGGAAAGAUUAUGAAGAUGGUAUUGAUGCUUUAAAAACAUUUAUUGACACGGCCAACGAAAGGAUGAACACUCCAGUCCAAGUGUCUUUCCUAAACAUAAGGACAUAUCUACAAGAUGUUGAGGACAUGAAGCACAAAUUGCCAUCCAUGGAGGCUGCGUAUAAAACAGUGACACGUAACGCACAACAGCUGACCAAAGACUUCCCCGAGGAGGAGGUGGCACAGAUGCUGGCUACCAUGACAACCAUUAAAGAUGAGCUCAGCAAGAUACGGGAGAGAGCUCUGCCUCUGCUGAGAGAUUCCCAAGCUAUGCUGCCUCCUCUUGAGGAGAUGGAGAAACAUAUCACUGGGUUUUACCAGUCACUAGAGAAGGCAAGCCGCAUCACUUCCUCCCGGGACUCUGAGGCUCAAGGAGACUUCAAGCUAAAGUGUCAGGAGCUGGUGACGUAUCAGCAGAGCUGUAAAAAGUGUCUUGCAGUGAUUGAUAAAAACCAUCAGGUCAUUUUGAAAUCUUUGGACAUCAGCAAGACCCUCAAACACCUGGACACAUCACUGCUGGAAAGAAGAAUCACUGAGCUUCAGGCUUCAUCACAGGCCAUGGUUAAGGAAACCACAGAGUGGAAAAGACACAUUGAGGCGAACAGCAGCCUGAUGAAGAGUUUUGAGGAGUCUCGAGUAGAGCUGGAGAAGGUUCUGAAAAUAGCUCACAGCUCCAUGACUGAGAGAGGAAACCCAGAGGAGCUUUUGAAAAAGCACACGGAGUUCUUCGGCCAGCUGGAUCAGAGUGUUCUCAAUGUGUUCCUCAAAGCCUGUGAUGAACUCACAGAUAUUCUGCCGGAACAAGAACAUCAGAAUCUACAGGAAACAGUCAGGAAACUACACAAAGAGUGGAAGGAUGUGCAGACAGAGAUUCCCAAUCACCUGCUUCAUCUGAAGGUGGAACUGGAGAAGAAUCAUCUGAUGACAUCACUGCAGGAGUGCCAGUCUGAACUGGCUCGAGAGAACCGCAGUCUGCCCAGCAUGGGAAGUGAGAGAUUAAUCAAAGAGCACAGGAUGUUUUUUAAGGAAAAGGGUCCACAGGCUCUUUGUGAGAAGAGAUUGCAGCACAUGGAGGAACUCUGUCUGAAGCUUCCAGAGAGCAAACAGACCCUCCAGACUCUGGAAAACUCCAAAACAGCGUUUGCUGAUGUCAAAGAGGAGAUUGAGAGCACACAUCACAAACUCAUGCAGCACCCUGACAAAUGGAAGGAGUUUAACACUAGAUUUUCUGAACUGUCUUCCUGGGUUACAUCAAAGGAGAGUCAACUCAGACUUCUACGAAGCAGAGCUGGAGACCCCAGCAAGUUUGGCCAGGUCAAAUCGACCAUUAAGAGCCUGAGAAAUGAUGCCGAACUUCAGGAAGGGAAUCUAAGCUGGUUGAAGACUCGUUUGGCUGCUCUGAUUGAGGUUUGUACAGAGAGUGACGCCCAGCGAGAGGGAGCCGCCCUCAGCAAACUCUCCAAUGACUUUAAGGGCCUUCUCAUGUCCCUUUCUGAGUCAGAGAAAUUGGUCCUGGCUGUGGGCGACUGCGUUCAGUUCAGAGAGGAGGUGAAAACCACACUGGAGGAGUUGACUCAGGGUCAACAGGAGCUGCAGACAAACAUCAGUAAGAUUCUGGACUCAGAGUCUGUGAGAGAAGCACAACAACUGCUGCUGCUACUUCAGCAACAACAGAAGCGUCUCCGGUUGAAGAGGAAGGAAACGCAAGAGCAGAUAAUCCGAGGAAAGCAGCUGCAGAUAGAGGAGGGCCUGGAGGAGAGCUUACUGGAAGAUCUGGAGAAACUGGAGACCACCCUCAACAAAAUGGAUCAAAGCACUGAAUCACAGGAACAGAACCUCGAGGCGACUUUAGCUGCUUGGCAGGAGUUUGACGGUCAGCAGGCAGCAGUGAGGGAGUUUGUGGGUAAAGUGCGAUCGUUCACAGAGAGAGAGAUGAUCUUCAGCACUCCAGAGAGUCUAACCACAGAGCUGGAGCAGACCAAGGAACUGGUAAAACAGUGUGAAACAGAGUCCAAACAGGUGAACACACUUCUAAAGAGGGCUGCAGAGAUCCAGCUGGGCCCCAAAAAUCAGUGUCUCCUGCAGGAUCAAGCCCGAGCUCUGAGUGAACAAGUGGACAAAGUUGAGGCUGGCCUCAAGAGAGAUGUGAAGACAUUAGAGGGGAUGAAACAUCAGUGGGACUCAUUCGGGAGUGAGUUUGAAGAGUUUUCCGCAUGGAUAACGGAGAGAGAAAGAGAACUGGAUGCUUUGAAAAGCUCCAGUGCACCUCUGGACCAGCAGAUCUGUACCGUAAAGAUGAUCAGAGAUGGUCUUCAGAAGAGAGCAGAGGUCCUUUCCCAUCUAGAGGAGAAGUCUCAAGGACUGAUCCAGUUUGUGUCCUCUGGCGAGUCUGCAAGAAUCAAAGCUCGCCUGACUCAGAUCGGCAGGUACUGGGAGGAGCUUAAGGAGAGUGUGGAACAUUUGAAUGGACAGUUGGAAGAAAGCUCCUCCCACCAGAUUAAGUUUGAUGCCAAUCUUCAACAGGUCCAAUUAGAGGUUAAAGACAUCCAGAGGAAACUAGACAGCCCUGUCACUUCCUGUGUGUCUUUAUCUGAGACCUACAAAACUCUGCAGUGUCAUAUGGAUGUGUUCCAGUCCCUGGAGAAGCUCAAGGCCACCCUGCUGUCACUGUGUGCUGGAUCCCGCCGGCUCAGUGAGAGAGAGAAAGCAGAGAAAGCAGUGGCAGCCCUUCAGCAAACUUGUGAACAGUGUUUAAAACAGGCCAAAGUGAAACAGAGCCAAAUGGAGAGCCUUCUGUCGCUUUGGCAGACAUACGAAAAGGAUCGAUCUUCCCUGCAGUCUUGCCUGGAGCGGUGUGAAUCUGUAUCCAGCUCUGAUACUCAGUUCCUCCCUGUCGACAAACUAAAGCUUAAUGGAGAACUGCUGGAAUUGAAACAUCUACAGAGUGAAUUUAAGUCAUUGGAAUCAGUUUACGAAAGGCUGAUAGCCCAAACGCCAACUCUUUACACCACUGCAUCAGAUGAACAUGUGAAAACUCUCAAAGAAGACAUUGAGCAGCUUGAGAAAAGAUGGAGCUGUCAGACCACAGCCAUACCUCACAGAAUCCUAGUGCUUCAGAAUCAUCUAACUCAGGUGGAAGAGUUUAAUCAGGCCUUACAGAAGUUCUUCAAAUGGGGUGAAUCUUUCCUUUCGUCUUUACACUCGUCUUCUCAUGUUGACAUCACUGACCUGAAGCCUUCCACCAAUGAUGCCAAGGAUUGGAGAGAGGCACUGCAAAAACAAAGCAUUGUAAGACAGAGUUUUCAGCAGCAAACUAAGGCCUUAUGUGACAUUUGUGAGCCCGCUGAGGUCCAGCAGCUUCAGGGAAGGUGGGAGAGCUCCUUGCAGCCAUACCUGGAAGCCCAUCAGCUGGUUGAACUACGUGGUGAGAGCCUGGAAAAGCUAGAAGCCUUCCUUCACACCCACAGUGUGGCAGCUGGUGUUCUUCAAGGUCUCAGACAGACCGUGGAGAGCGCUGGGAGCUGGGACAAGAGCCGGGUGGAUGAGCUGCAGCGAGAUCUCGAAGCCAUCGUUCCUGAUAUCAGUCGCCUCGAAACACUCGGCGUGAACCUGGACGGCAGUCUCUGUAAAGCUCACCUCCACCUCAACAACGGGAAGGAGGGACGCGCCUCAUGCCGCUCAUUGGCUGACUCGUUGAGUGUGGAGCUUGACUCAGUGAGGAGCUUGCUGGGCUUGAAGCAGAGCGAGGCGGAGGCUUUGGGUGCUCUCUGGAGCUCGUUCAGACAGCGCAAAGAGCAGCUGCUCAAAACGGUGGAGGACAUUGAGGAGAAGGCUGAUCAACAGGGCUUGAGAGAGCCCAAUGUUCUUACUCUACAGCAGAGACUUCGAUUUUUCAAUCAGUUGGAGGAUGAGCUCCAGUCCCAUCAGCAUGAAGAACAAUGGCUUAGAGAUAAAGGUCAGCAGCUGGCACAGAGAGAUGCAGAGCUGGGUGGUGAAGUAUUGAGAGAGAUUAACCUGCUUCAAACCACCUGGGAAGACACCAAAAGACUGAUCACUGAAAGACAAGAGCGGAGCUGUGUUUUGGUAGAACUCAUGAAAGACUAUCAAAGUCUGAAGUCUUCAAUAAACUCAAUAUUGGAGAGUGCUGAUGCUAUAGCUGACAUUAAAGCUAUCCUAAAAGACCAAGAGGACACCCGCAGAUCCCUGUUAAAGCAAGAAGCUGUUAAAGCCGAGAUGGCCGGUAAACAGGAUGUGCUUGAGCAAUUCUCUAACAAGGGCAAGAAGCUUCUAAGUGAAUUAAACAAGAUCCCUGAUUGUGACACCCAGAAUGUGAAAACAGAAAUGGAUACCACCGUGGACCAAUGGCUGGAUGUGUCAGAGAAAAUCGAGGACAAUCUGGAAAGUCUCCAGCGGAGCUCUGCUUUGUGGGAAGACAUCUAUGAAAUCAGCACCGAGAUUGAUAGCUGGUCCAACAGAUCCAUUGUAGACCUUACAGAUGGACUCAAUAACUUCAACGACAGCCAAAAAACUGAAAACAAACUCUCUGAAGUCAAGGUGGAUGUUGGGCUGAAAGAAAAGAGGAUAGAUACUCUACAAGAGAAAUUAUCAGAGCUUAAGCAACUUGGUGGUGGCCAGGAUGCCCCUGCUAAACUGCAGGUCAUGGAGACAGACCUCAGAAGGAAGAUUAGUAACAUCAAAGAGUUGUGUGAUCAAGCCAGGAACAACCUUCAAGAUUUCUGCUCUCAGAAGAAACAGCUCGAGGACUUUCUUUCUCAUAUGUCUGAGUGGUUUAAGAACAUGGAAAGAUCUUUGCUGGAUUCGCCCUGUGGAACAGCUCCAGAAGAGAUCUGCAGAGUGAAGGAGAUCCAGAAAGAACUCCAGAACCAGCAGAUAAGUAUCGACUCGGCCAGGGAGAGUCUGAACGCACUUUGCAGAAAAUACCCAUCUGAGGAACUGACUGGUCUGGGUUCAUCUCUGACUGACCUCAUCAAGAAAUAUGAAACAGUCAAUCAGCUCUGUGUUAAAAAACUCACAUCCAUGCAGCAUGGCCUCCAGCAACACUUCAAUGAUCUUGUAAAGGACUUUCAUAUAUGGUUGUCUGGACAGAAAGACAUUGUGAGAGAAUGCUCUGAUCAUUCUGGUGACAUGAGUGUAGUUGACCGCAAAUUACAAAAAUUAAAGGGAGCUCUGGAACGGGUAGAUGAUGGAGACAGCCGUCUAACACAAGUGUGUACGGAGGGAGAAAAGCUUCUUCUUCAUCUUCCCAAAGCCAGUGCGGGACAGGUGCAGCAGAACCUUUCGUCUAUCCAGCAGGACUGGGACAGCUAUGUGGAGCAGUGUAAACAGAACCAGCAAAACCUGGAGGAGAGCGCCAGUCUUCUCAGCAGCUUUGAGAGCUGUCUGCAGAGGCUGACCCGAUGGUUGGAGAGGAUGGAUGUGAGGCUGAGCACGGAGCUGUCCGAGGGCAGACACAGUGACCAGGAGAAAGCUGUGCUCGAGCGUGUGGAGGAAUUCCAACAUGAAGUGCUUAAAGAGAGAGACUCGUUUGAGAGUUUGUGUCAGGAAGCUCAGGCUCUGAAUGCAGGAGGUCACGGCAGUGGGGCGGAGGUGCGGGUGUCAGCGCAGCUGCAGUUGCAGCAUCAGGCACUUCUCAAGGCAGUGAGAGAGAGACUGCGUGUAUGUCAGCUGAGCCUGCAGGAGCAGCAGAACUUUGAGGAGAUGUUACAGAGCACAUGGGUCUGGCUCAGUGGGGUACAGGAACGACACACUGCUCUCAACAGCACCAGCGGGAAUAAAGAGACUCUGGAAAAGAGACUGGGACUGGUGCAGGACAUCUUGCUGAUGAAGGGUGAGGGAGAAGUAAAGCUCAAUAUGACAGUAGGGAAGGGAGAGCAAGUACUGAAGAACUGCAGUCGAGAUAAACAGGAAGUCAUUCGCUCUCAGCUCAAGAGUCUGAAGGAUUCCUGGGCGAACAUCCUCAUGACCGCCAUGAGCUGUCACAGUCGUCUGGAGUGGACCGUGGCUCAGUGGGGCAGUUUUCUGGAGAGUAAAGCUCAGAUACAGCAGUGGAUGGAGAUGGUGGAGCAGGAGGUGGGAGUGGCUCUGCCUCAACAGCCCGGACUGAAAGAGAAGGCCUUACUGCUGGAGCGUCUGCGGGCCAUUCAGGCAGAUGUUGAGGGCCAUUCAUCAGCACUGACCCGUCUCAAUGAGAAAGCCACGGAGCUGUAUGAGAAGACAGGAGAUCAGACUUUUGCAGAGGAACCAAAAGCUGAGUUAAAUUCCCAGUUUACCAAUAUCUCAGCAGUCCUUAAGAGUAAAGUACAACAAAUGGAGGAGAUCGUCAAAGAGCACAAGCAAUACAUGGAAUCAGUGCGUGAACUCAAUGACUGGCUAACCUCGGCUAAAGAAGAGCUUCAGUGCUGGUCAGACAUGUCCGGAGAUGCUGCUUCUGUUCAGAGGAAGCUCUCCAAAGUUAGGGAGCUGUUAGACUCCAGGGAGCACGGACGCCAGCAUCUGUCCUGUGUGCAGCGUUGCGGGGCCUUAACACGUGACCACACGUCCACGGUGGGCUGUGAGGUUCUGGAGCGGGAGGAGGCAGGGUUGAUGUCGGCCUGGGAACAAUGGGAACGAGGAGCCAAACAUGUAUGCUCCAGUCUGGAGGGGGUUCUGGCUCAGAUGGCAAACUCAGAGCAGGAGUUUAACAGUUCAGCUGCACAGCUGGAACAGGACCUGCAGGAGUUCAGCUGCAAGCUGCAUGAGUGGCGGGACAAACUGCAGCAGGUGGAGGAUAUGACAUCCAGUGAAGAGGCUGUACAGGGCUGGCAUAUAGCGAAGGACACUCUGGAAGCACUGCUGAAUGUGGAGCCCAUGUCUGACAAUCUGAAGUCUCAGCUGAAUGAUCUGUGCCGUUUCUCUAGAGAUCUGGGAGCUCAAUCUGAGAGAGUGUCCACCCUCAUCAAAGAGUACAACAGUCUUAGUUUCCAGGCGUCUCGAGAGUGCCGGGGAAAGGAGAAACUUCUGGAGCAGAGGUUUCGUGCUGCUUUCCGAGACUUCCAGCAGUGGCUGGUCAAUGCGAAAAUCACCACAGCCAAAUGUUUUGAUGUGCCUCAGAAUCUCGCAGAUGCAUCAUCUAGCCUGCAGAAGAUCCAGGAGUUUCUGAGUGACCGAGAGCAGGGUCAUGGCAAACUGAACACAGUGGCUGCCAGUGGAGAGUUACUAAUGAGCAUCACUUCUAAAGACAGAGUGGAGUCUGUCAGAGGCAAAAGCAACACAGCCAGAGAAGACUGGAAAACACUCAUGACAAACCUGCAUCAGAGAGAGAAUGCCUUACAGAAUCUUCAGGCUCAGAUGAGAGACUUUGAAAUGAGUGUGGAGCCGCUCCAAGAUUGGUUAAAUGAAACAGAGGAAGCUGUGCAGGAGAGCAGCAGUCGACUGCAUGAUCUCACAGCUAAGAAACAGGAACUGCACAGGUUACAGUCUCUGCUAGAGGAGUUAGCCUCUAAGGAGUGUCAGCUGAGCAGGUUGAGGGAGAAGGCCCAGCAGCUGUGGGACGGACACACGGCCGGAAAGGGCUUUGUGCACCGUGUCUCACAGCUCUCAGCUCAGUUCCUAGCAUUAAACAACCUGACCAAGGAAAAAGCAUCUCAAAUCGACCGUAUUGUGUCCGAGCACCAGCUGUUCUCUCAGGGGCUGAAGGAACUGCAGAAUUGGGUCGCUGAUACGAGUAAUAUGCUACAAACCUACUGCUCUCCAACUGCUGACAAGAACGUUCUGGACAGCAGGAUGAUCAAACUUGAGGCUUUGCUGACAGCACGUCAAGAGAAGGAGAUCCAGCUGAAAAUGCUGCAGACGAGAGGAGAGUCAGUGCAGAGAUACACUUCAGCUGAGGGUGUACCACUGGUGCGCAAACAAAUCGAAGACCUCAAGGAUUCCUGGGAUGGACUGCUGUCUGCAUCUAUUCAAUGCAAAAGUCAACUGGAAGGUGCUCUCUCACAGUGGACCAGUUAUCAAGAGGAUGUGUGUCAGUUUGUGAGCUGGACGGUGAUGGUGGAAGAGACUUUAAACGCAGCAGACAAGCAAUGCUCUGAGAUGAGGGACAAAACUGCCAACCUGGGCAAAGCCAAAUUGCUCUAUGAGGACGUUUCAAGUCACAGCAGCGUUCUGGAUGUCAUAUCCAUGAAGGGCUCCAAUAUGGCAGAGCACUAUGUCACCCAACUAGAGAUUCAGGACUUGCAAGAGCGCUACAGCAUUGUCAAAGAUAAAGCCCAGUGUGCGGUUGCUAAAGCAGAAGAGCUGGUGUCUGCUCAUCAGGAGUACCAGCGAAGUCUACAUGAGUUUAAAGACUGGCUAGAACGGCAGCAGGAGAGAUUGAGCUGCUACACACAGCUGGAGGAAGAUAUUGAGACUCUGGAGGACACACUUCGCAAACUACAGGAGUUGCAGAUUCACUGCUCAGAGGGUCAAGCUCUGCUCAACUCCCUGCUGGUGACCCGAGAGCAGGUAAUUCCCUGGGGUGUUCCUCAAUUAGAAGACAGAUGUCUGGAGACGGUGCAGCAGGACUGGGCAUCCUAUCAGGCCCGGCUGGGUGAGACCCGGUCUCUACUCAACAGCACUCUGGCUAAACUGCGUCAGAUUGAGCAGAAGUUCCAGCGGCUUGAUAAUUGGCUGAAAGGGAUAGAGAGUAAAGGACAGUUACGCUCCGGUCGUCGAUCUGAUAGAGCUACAAAAGAGGCUCAGCUGCAGCUCCUGAAGGGUUGGCAUGAGGAGGUGCUGGUGUAUCAGGAGGAGAUUGAGGGUCUCAGUGUUCUAGCUCAACAGGUUUUAGAAGAGACCCCCAUCAGCAGUCGAGUGAGCAGCAGAGCUACACAGCUCACGUCACGCUACCACGCUCUGCUACUACACCUACUGGACACUAUUAAGCAGCUGAAAGAGGAAGUGUCCAGCAUUGAAGAGGCUCAGAGUGUCUUCAGCACCUUCUCUGAUUGGUUGAACACAGCUCAAAAGAACUUCAGUAGUGUGACCGUCACCACCAUUGAUGUGGUCGAUCGUGUUGCCGUGGAGAAGAAGAUGAAAAAACUAGAGGCCCUGCAGGGUGAAAUGGAGCUAGGUCAUACAUUCCUGAAGACCAUGCGUGAAAAGACAGAUCGUGCCAUGACGUUCCUUGAGGAACCAGAGGCAGAGCAUCUCAGGGAGGAAGUGGACACCCGACUUUCCCAACUGGAGACAUUGAUCAGAGCUCUGCGGUCAGAGCUCAGUGCCACAGAGAAAUCCAUACAGCUCUCCAAAGACUUCCUGGACAAAUAUAAAGCUCAAACACAGUGGCUUACAGAGACUAAAUCAUUGCUGGCUUCUCCUGUGGAGCAAAAGGCUGAACUUUACCAAAAGAAGGCCCAAUUAGCCAAAUAUAAGACAAUCCUGCACACCAUACAAUCCCACGAAUCAGCCAUCAAAUCUGUUAUUGAGAAAGGAGAUGCUCUUCUAGAAACAAUCCGGGACUCGUCUAUCAGUGAGAACAUCGGCAAGCUGAAAACCGACUAUGAAGAUCUUUGCAAUGAUGCCAAGGUCCGUGUGCAAAGCUUGACAGAGAGCGUCAGAGAACAUGAGGACUAUAACAGUGAACUACAGGAAGUGGAGAAGUGGCUGCUACAGAUGUCCAGCAGAUUAGUAACCUCUGAUUCCAUGCAAAGUGGAAAUCUAGAGACGGCAACACAACAGCUAGCCAGACACAAAGCAAUAAUGGAGGAGAUAGCCGGCUUUGAGGAGCGUUUGAAUGUUCUGAAGAAGAAAGGUGAUCGUCUCACUAGCAAUUGCUCGGAGCAAGUCCAGGCAAAGAUAGGUCAACAGAUCCAGGCACACCAGCAGGGAACCAGAGACAGUUAUUCAGCUAUCUGCAGCACAGCUCAGCGUGUGUAUCAGAGUCUGGACCGGGAGCUAGAGAAGCACGUCAGCCAUCAGGACACACUUCAGCAGUGUCAAACGUGGCUGUCCACUGUUGAAAAGGAGAUCCAGCUGCAGGCACUGACUCCCUAUGGCCUUCAAGAGGCUCUGAAACAGGUGAAACACUUUAGGGCCUUACAGGAACAGGCCGGCACUUACCUGGACCUGGUUUGUUCAGUAUGCGAUUUAUCUGAUGAAGCUGUGAGAGGAACUGCUGCCAAAAUACAGCAAACUAAAACAAUGAUUGAGGAGAGGAUGUCCACGUCUCAAGAGCUGUCAGAGAGUUGGAAGGAGAUUAAGGAACAGAAGCAGGAACUGUCAACACUUUUUCAGGACAUGGAACAGCAAUUGCAAAGUCUCUCCAGGAGACCUGCUGAGCUCGAGCCCAAGAUUGCUCAGAACAUGCUGGAUCAAGCCAAAGAGUUUGGCCAGCAGCUUCAAAGCAGACAGAGCACUCUGACUAAGAUGACAGAGCUUGUGAGUAAGCUGACUGAAGGGAAGGAGUCUCCUGAGCAUACAGAGAUUGGUCGACUGAGUCAUAUAUGGCUGGAACUGUGCCAUCAAGCCAACAAACUGCAGUCUCAGAGAGAGGAAGAUCUGCAGAGAACUAAAGAGUACCAUGACUGCAUCAGUGCCAUGGAAGCCCUAUUUGAACAGGUGUCCAAAGAAUGUGACAACCUGGCCAGAACUGAUGCUGAGAGCUCAUCUGAACAUUUGGAGGCUCUUCGAAACCUCUCCGUUGUUCUCAAAGAGAAGAAAAGCACUCUUGAGAACCUAAGAGACCAGAAGCAAAAGGUGAUGUACCAUCUAAAUCUGGAUGACAAAGAGCUGGUGAAAGAGCAGAUCGGACACUUUGAGCAGCGAUGGGCCCAUCUGGAGAGCCUCAUUGAGAGGAAGAUCCAAGAUUCCAUUGUGACUCUUGAAGACAUGGCCCAAGUCGAGGCCCGCUUGAGGGAUGCUCGAGAAUGGGCCGAGGAGCAGCAGCCUUCCCUGUCUAAAGCCAUGAAGAUGAGCCCUCCACCUGAGCUGGCACAGAGUUUUCUCUUCGACCAUCUCAUCAUAUGCAGUGAGAUGGAAGCCAAGCAGCUUCUAUUAACCCAAGCUAUGAGUGAUGCAGAUAGAGUAUUAGCACAUUUAGGUCUAAAUGAAAGGCAAAGACUGCAGCAAUUGAUCUCAGAAACUCAAGCAGAGGUAGAGUUACUAAGCCUCAAAGUGGCUCAACGCAGAAAACAUCUAAGCAAAGCCUUCACUGAAAGGACCCAGUUCUUAUUGGCUGUGAACCAAGCAAUCACCUGGGUCCAACAGAAUAAGAAGAAAGCACAGGCGGAGGAGUACAUAGCCCUACUUCCUGAUGACCUAUCUAAGCAGUUAAGAACUUGCAGGAACAUCCAGAGUAGCUUGAGGGCCUACCAGAGCGAGCUGACCUCCCUAUGGUCCCAAGGAAGGGAUCUAAUGAAAGACGUCACUGAGGAAGAGAAAUCAGAGAUGCUAAAUAAACUCCAAGAACUGCAGAAUAUCUUUGAGGUUGCCCUUCAGAAGUGUAGCCAAAGGCUUCAGGAACUGGAGAAAGUUCUGGUAACCAGGAAAUACUUUAAAGCAGAUCUAGAGAAGAUAUGCCAGUUGUUGAAGCAAGCAGAUAUUGUUACAUUCCCGGAGAUAAACCUCAUGAAUGGAGAUGUGGAAUUAAGAUCACAGCUUACAAAGUACCAACAAAUAUUGGAUCAAGCCAUGGAAUAUGAGAAUCUCCUGCUAACCGUGCAAAGAACAGGUCAAGAAAUACUUCCCUCUCUGAAUGAAGUGGACCACUGUUAUUUGGACGAGAAAUUGAGUGCUCUUCCUCAACAGUACAAUAAUAUAUUGGCACUAGCCAAAGAGAAACAGGAGAAAAUACAGCAAGCCAUUCUUGCCCGACGAGAGUACGCCUCCUUUAUUGACGUGACUCACAAAGCACUGAAAGAACUUGAGGAGCAGUUCCAUAACUUGGGGAUGCAGUCUGUUGGCCUAAAGACAGAAGAAGUUGUCAGUCUACAAGCAGAUUACAAAGUGCUCCUGGAGGAGUUGACCAGUCUCGGUCAAGCCGUCAGUGAGCUUAACCAGAAAAAAGAGGGUUUCCGAAGCACCGGUCAACCUUGGAGGCCCGAAGACAUGACCCAACUGGUCAGCCUUUACAACGGCCUCAAGAGAUUGAUCGAACAAAAGGUGGAACAUCUUGACGACACUCUGGAAUCAUUUGAAGACCAUCAAGCCAUGGCUAUGCAGGUUGACUCGGAGCUGAAGGCCACCAAAGAGCAACUGGUCAAGGUAAAUGCUGAGGCUCAGUCAGCUGAGGAGCGACUGAAGAACUAUCAUGCCCUGGCAGCUAGUCUUCAAGGUGCCAGCUCUCACCUUACCCGAUUCAUGGAGCAGAUGGAUAACCUGGCAUCUCACAUGGAUCAAGCCGCCCAUGAGGCCUCAAAACAGCGGGUGACCUCUUGGCAGGACGAGCUUCAGUCCCUACAGUCAGCUGUUGGGGAACUGAUUGUUGAGUGCGAGAACAGGUUUGUGCAGAGUAAAGACUUUGAGAGCGAAGUCAGUCGGACCUUAACUUGGCUGCAGCAAAUCAGAGAUGAGCUUGGCUCUGCAGUGUUGGUUGACGUCAAGGUUGAGAAGGUCCAGGAGCAAAUCAGGAAGCAACAGAUCAUGCAAGAGGAAGUCCAGUCGAGAUUGAGGAUAGUAGCAGCUCUGAGCACAAGAGAGAAACAGAAGUACACAAGUGCUAAUGAACUUGUCCCUGCUCAUGUGGACUCAAGUUUACAAGAGAUGGCCGAGCUGGAGGCUGAUGUUCUACGUGCCCUCAGCUCAAAACAGAUUACUCUAGAACAAGCACUCGCGUUGUGUCAGAAGUAUCACUCCAGAAUGCGAGCCGCAUGUGAGUGGCUGGAGGACGCUGUGGGAUUCUUGCAGCAGGCCAGUCUUGGCGUGGAUGUGGAAAACUAUGAGGAAUGCCUGAGGCAACAAGAAGAUAUCAUGGCAACUGAGCAGGAGUUCCUAGGUGUUCUUGAGGAGCUGGAAUCUUUACCUCCUCAAUUGGAGAACCUGGUCAACCCUACAGCCAAAGAACAGCUUCGACUCAGUGUAGAGUCUGCUCAGCAGAGGGGAGUGGAAAUCAGAGACCAGCUACAGUGUCACCAAGAUACCUUACACAGCUGUGUUGCCCAAUGGAAUGCUUAUCAGGAGGCCAGACAGACAGUCAUUGAGCUGAUGAAUGAGGUGGAGAAGAAACUAACAGAGUUCUCCACAGCCAAGGCUGCAACGAGCCAAGAAGCAGAGGAGAAACUCAAGAGUCAUAAGUCGUUGGUCUCCAUGGUGAACAGUUUCCAGGAAAAGCUGACUGGUUUGGAGGAACAAGCAUCCCAGUUAGAGCUGAUUGGAAGUGACGCUAGUAAAGCCACCAUCAGUCGCUCCAUGACCACAGUGUGGCAACGCUGGACCAGAUUACGCAGUGUAGCACGAGGCCAGGAGAGGGUGCUGGAGGAUACAGCUCAUGAAUGGAGGACAUUCAGGGAAAAGAUGAUGAAGGUGAGAGCCAUAACAGAAGAACUAAAGGGCUGUGUCACUGAUUGCAACAUUGAGAAAGCAUCUAAAGCCACACUACAGUCACAUCUGGACCAGUAUGAGCUGGUCUCUCAGGAUUUGGAGAGGGAGCUGUCUUCUCUAACUCUCUUACGUCAGUACGCUCUCAGCCUGCUACAUGAUGUGGAGGUAUCGGUGCCAACAGCUGAUCAUGACCAGUUGCCCAGUGUGAAGGAAAUCAAAGCUUUUCAAGAUCAGCUUGAGAGUCUAUUGCAGAAAGCCAAGACAGGAAAGAGUCGAGUUCAGCAGGAACUAUCAGACAGAGAGAGUGUGGAGAGAGGACUCAGUCUGGUCAGGAGCUGGAUCCAGGACUCUAGAGAGCUUUUGCUGAAUCCCACGUCUGAUCUGGAUAUUCUGACACAAGAACUGGAGGUGAUGCAUGGAGAGCUGAUUGCUCACCGCCAGAAUGUAGACAAGCUUGCAGAACAGCAGCAGAGUAAAUACUUAGACCUGUAUACCAUUCUACCAUCAGAGAUCUCCAUGCAACUGGCUGAAGUGUCCCUGGCCCUGGGAUCCAUUGAGGAUCAGGUUCAAGCCAAGGAGAGAGACAUCCAGAAGACCAGAGUAAUCAAAGAAGAGUUCAAUUCCAGAAUCCAUGACGUAUCUGAAAAAAUAAAGGCCAUCUCUACCACUCUGAAGGAAAAGGCCACUGAUAUCGAUCAAGCAAAAGAUGAGGCCAGACGUCUUUGUGAUGAACUUGACAUUUGCGGAAGAACUCUAGCUGAACUUGACACUGCAGUCCAAGACUUUGGUCGCCGUAACCCUCUAAUAGCCAGACAGCUGGGUGAUGCCAUCGCUAAAUUACGAGAAAUCCAUCAUCACACUCUUCGGCAGGCGGAGUAUAAGACCAUAUGUCUGAAAAAGGCUGAUGCCCAUCUAGAUGAAUACAAUGAGAUGUUUGAAUUCAUAGUAAAGUGGACAGAGAGAGCCGGGAGUCUAGUGAAGGCCAACAUCAUCUGGAACUCUUCGUCUCACCUACAAGAGCAGAUCAGAAUGUAUCAGUCUGUUUUGCAUGAAUCACGUGAGAUUCAUGGUGACCUGGAGUCCAUGCAGGAGAAGAUGGAGAUCCUAGCUGAGACGCUGCAGGUGGAGGCCAUGGGUCAGCAGGUGUCAGAACUGAGCCGUCACACUGAAGAACUGGAGCAGAGCAUAAGAUCACGACUGCAGGGCCUACAGGAUGCAGCAAAGGAUAUGGAGAGGUUUGAGGGUGAAGUGAAGACCCUGCAUGUUUCUUUGGAACAGGUCCAAGCCACUCUCACGUCUCCAGAAGUGGCCCGUCUGAGUCUAAAAGAACAACUGACUCAAAGACAGCGUUUGUUGACUGACAUGGAGAGCUUCAAGCAGCAGGUAGAGGCGGUGCAGGAGUGUCAGAGUGCUCUGAGAGUUCCUGAGGAGGUGGUCACCAGUCUGUCCAUCUGUCGCACUGCUCUGAGUCUGCAGCAGGAGGCCAGCCAACUGCAGCACACCGCCAUACAGCAGUGCAACAUCCUGCAGGAGGCGGUAGUACAGUAUGAACAGUAUGAACAGGAAGUGAGGAAUCUGCAGUCCAUGAUUGAAGAUGCUCAUCGGGUCAUUCAGGAUCAGCCUGUGAACACCAGCAACAUCCAAGAGUUGCAGGCUCAGAUUCACCAUCAUGAGGAGUUGGCCCAGAAGAUCAAGGGAUAUCAGGAGCAGAUUGUAUCACUGAACUCCAAGUGUAAGAUGUUGACAGUGAAAGUCAAACAUGCCACCACACUCCUGACUGUGACUGAUUUAACCGAGAGCCUGGAGGAACUGGAUGGUGAUGCUUCUAAAAGAAAACAGACUCAGUCUCAAGCCCCGAUGUUGUCUGGUCGCUGUCUCUCUCUCCUGUCUCCUGUGACAGAGGAGUCUGGUGAGGAUGGCACCAGCAGUGAAAUCUGUUCUCCUGCUUUCUGUCGAUCUCCUUCUCCUAUCACUAACACUGAAGCAACCUUUAGCAAGAUGUCCAUGGGACGGGCCACUCUCACCAAAGCGCCCAUCCAGGAGCUGUACAAUCCCACACUGGAGUCUGUGGCCAGUUUAGAUGGUCUUCAGCGCUCGUGGGAGACCCUGAAAAAUGUGAUAAGUGAAAAGCAAAAGACUCUUUAUGAGGCCCUGGAGAAACAACAGUGUUAUCAGGGCUCUCUACAGUCCAUCUCUGCUAAAAUGGAGUCCAUCGAGACCAGACUAAAUGAGCCCCCAAUGCUUGAUCUGAGUCCUGAUAGACAAAUGGUCCUUCAUCAGAAUCAGAUGGAAGAAAUUGUGAUGCUGCAGGAUAAUAUCAAUGAGCUCCAGUCCAGCUUCACAGAAGAGCUGAUCUCUGACGCUGUGGACUCCACAGAUCAUCUAGCCAUGCAGUCCACACUCACUGUGCUGGCGGAGAGGAUGGCCACCAUCCACAUGAAAGCUUCUGGAAAACGACAGCUUCUGGAGGAGCGACUGAGUGAGCGAUUGGAAAAGCAGCAGCAGGCACAGGCUUUACAACGUUACCUUAACCAGGCUGACCAGCUGGACCAAUGGCUGCAGAGCACUCAUGGUGACCUUACUUCGUGUUCACAGGACUCAAACAUGGAAGAGCAACUCAAACACUGCCAGAACAUGCUGUUGGAAAACGAAGAGAAGGUUCUGGCUCUCUCAGAGCUCUCCAGACACAGUGAGACCCUGCUGCUGGAAGGCCAACUGGAGAACAGAGAGGACGCCGAGCAGCUGGCCAGGAAAUUGUGUAUGCUGAAGGGGAGCCUGCUCGAGCUGCAGAGGAUGCUGCAAGACAAACAGAUCAACAUCCAGGAUUCCCUUCAAGAGCCGUCAGACUCCAGUGAAUCAGACUCAAGUCUCUCUCAGAGUCCAAACAUGCAGGAUUGGCUGGCUCAUGCACGCUCAACACGCAGCCUUCAACACCAGGAUACCCUCCAGAAACAGAAGAGCAAGAUGUUUGAGCCCACACUGCUCCAGGUGGACUGUUUGUUUAGUAGAAAAUGCACUGUAAGUCACUUUGGAUAUUUGCCAAAUCAGGAGCUUGAGGAGCAACUUGCAGAGCAGAAGAAGCUACUGAAAUCUGUAGCCUGUCGUGGAGAGGAGAUUCUUACCCAGCAAGCAUCACCCGUCAGUGCCAGUGUGACGGAGACACUCUCGCCUGAUCUAGAGUUGGAAGGAGACAGUCAGACCGUAAAGAAGCAGAGGAGGAAGAGAUGGGAGAGCCUGAAAAAAGACAUGGCCACCAAACUACAGCUCCUGAUGAAAACAAUUGAGCAAGACCGCAAGCAGCCGGUUUACUCCAGAAAUGCAUGUGUGAAGACAGCAGGACUAGUUUAUAAAAGAGAGACUCCUGUCCAGGACAAAUCCACUCUAAUGUCCAUGCACAGUGGAUUCAGUCAGACUGUAAAGGACAUGAACCCUCAGUCUACAGAGAGAGAAGUCAUUCAAAUGGAGCAGCAGCUUUAUACAGCAGUCACAGCCACUUCCUCUUGGGUGGAUGAUGUGGAGAACACACUGUUUUCUAGCCCUGCGUUACUGACGGAGAACCCUGACUCACAGCUCUCCAACCAUGAGACAUUAGGAAAAGAAGUGACAGAGGUGACCAGAGAGGUCAGUCAAAGUCAGGGGCUGCUAGGGGGAGGUCUGGGUCUAUCUGAAGAGGAGCAGGCCCUGAUGAAAGACACCCUCGACUGUCUGACCCGGCGUCUGGGAGCACUGGACUCGGCACUGGAGCACCGCUGUGACACCAUGCGGAGCAAAAUGUGGGAGCUCACCGCUUUCCAGACUGAGUUGCAGCAUCUGUUUACUGCGCUUGGUGAAAGCAAAUUCCAGAUUAUCCAGAAAUUGGCAGGAGUUGUUGAUCAUACAGCACCCAAACAGUUUGAAACUAUUGCCGAGGCAGAGGAGACGCUGAAAGACUUUGAGCAUAAAAUAACAGAGCUGAAAGCCAGAGGGGCGGAGCUACAACCAGACCAGUUCUCCACCAAUGAGCUACUGAAACUACAGGAUGCUUAUGAGGAUCUGGUGAUGACUGUUGGCUCUUGGCGGAGUGGGCUGAACCAGAAUAUGGCGCUAAAGAACCAGUAUGAGCGAGUUCUGCAGGAUCUGAUUGAUCUGGUGGACACUGCUCAGGACAAGAUGACCGCUGACCAGAAGAUGAUUGCCAGCUCAGUGGAGGACGUGCAAAACCUUCUAGACAAACACAAGGAGUUUUUUCAAGGCUUGGAGUGGCAUAUGGUCCUCACCGAAAUGUUUUACAAGAAAAUUAGUGCCUUUGUUUUGCCACGUGAGCGUCAGACUCUGGAGGAGACACUCGCUCGAGCUCAGGACGUUCUUAAACAAGCACACAAGAGAGGAGUUGAGCUACAGUGCAUCUCGGAGACAUGGAGUCACCUAGUUUUGGACUACCAGACUCUGUUCCGGAUGCUGGAGGCAGUUGAGGGCAGUCUGCCGAGCGUAGGCCUGGAGGAAGAAACUGAGGAGAAGCUGACUAAGAGAAUUGAGCUCUAUCAGGCCCUGAAGCCCAGUCUGAUGGAGCACCAACACAGAUUAUAUCAGGUGCUAGAGGAGGGCAAGCAGCUUCUGUCAUAUGUGAGCUGCCCCAGCCUGGAGAACCAGCUUACUCUUUUGGGUGAACACUGGCUGAACAACACCACCACAGUCAACCAGGAGUUGCAGCGCCUGGACUCCAUCCUGAAGCACUGGACCAGGUAUAAGUGUGAGUCUGUUGAACUGAGCCGCUGGCUACAGGAAGCUUUGGAGCGUUUGGAGUUCUGGAACACACAGUCUGUGGCUGGUCCUCAGGAACUGGAGACCCUUAAAGACCAGCUUUCGGCUUUUCUGGAGUUCAGUAAGGAGGUGGAAACUCGCUCUAGUCUGAAGACCUCAGUACUAAAUGAAGGAAACCAGCUGCUCAGACUGAAAAAGAUGGACACUGCAUCUCUGAGGUCUGAACUCGCCCACUUGGACUCACAGUGGGCUGAACUGGUCGCCCGCAUUCCUGUGGUACACGAGAAACUCCACCAGUCUCAGAUGGAUAAGCUGGCAUCUCGUCAAGCUAUCGCUGAGCUUGUGAACUGGAUUUCACUGAUGGAGAGAGUCAUAGAAGAGGAUGAAGAAAAUCUCAAAGGGGCUGUUGGGUCAAAUGUCAUCCAAGAGUACCUGCAGCGUUACAAGGGCUUCAGAGUGGAUGUGAACUGUAAGCAGCUCACUGUGGACUUUGUGAAUCAGUCAGUGCCGCAGAUCAGUGGUCAGGACGCGGAGAGCAAACGCAGUGAUAAGACGGAUUUCGCAGAGAAAUUAGGUGCCAUGAACUGCCGCUGGCAGAUACUGCAGACACGCAUCACAGAGAGGGUGCAAUACCUGGAGGGCUUGCUGGCAUCCUGGGUGGAAUAUGAGGGGAAAGUUCAGAGUCUUCAGGCAUGGCUGUGCACUCAGGAGGACAGACUCAAGAGGAAACACAAGACUGAGAACAUAUCUUCAGUGCAGAAUGCCAUCAAAGACUGCCAGGAGAUUGAGGAGAUGAUAAAGGAGAAGGAGAGGGAGUUGGAAAGAGUGGAGGAACAGGCCUGUGCUCUCGUUCAAAACAAGACCGAUGAAGCCUGUGCUGUUGUCAUGGAAACACUCCAAGCCCUCAAUAACACAUGGGCCAACCUGGACCACUUGAUCGGGCAGCUGAAGAUCAGUCUGAAGUCAGUACAGGACAAGUGGAGUCAGUACAAACAAGCGUCUGAAGAGAUCAACAGUCACCUAACGGAGGGACGAUACUCUGUGUCCCGCUAUCGUCUGCUCACUGGAUCUCUGGAGGCAUCACAACUACAGGUGGAGAAUCUAAAGAAUUUGCAAGAGGAUCUUGAAGAGCAGGAGAGCAGUUUGAGAAAGUUUGGUGCCAUUACACAUCAGCUACUGGAGGAAUGCCAUCCUUCUGUGUCUGACUCACUCAAUAGCACGCUCAAAGACAUCAACGCCAGGUGGAACAGUCUGCAGGAGGAGAUCGUGGAGCGUCUGAAGAGCAGUAAGGCUCUCCUGCAGCUCUGGCAGAAUUAUAAAGAUCUUUAUGGACAGAGUGAGUCCAGUGUGCAGAGCUCAGAGGAGAGAGCAAACCAGCUGCUGAAGACUGCCAGUCGGAAAGACAUUACAGAGGAAGAGGUGUCCAUGUGGAUCCAAGACUGUUCUGAUUUGCUACGCUCUCAGGCUCCAGUCCAGGCAUCUCUGCAUGUCUUACUGGAGUUGGGAGAGCAGCUCAAACAGCAAGUGGACACGUCAGCUGUGGCCUCCAUCCAGUCUGAUCACCUUUCACUCACUCAACGCCUAAGCGCUGUUGCGCAGAGUCUGAGCAGACAGCAGGUGGCGCUGCAGGCUGGAGUUCGGGAUUAUGAGACCUUUAACGAGCUGUUGGACUCUCUGUCCCGCUGGAUUGUGGAAGCCGAGGUGGCCCUCAAAAGCCAAGAUCCGAACGGUUCCUCUGACCAGUCACUGAUCCAAGACUGUAUGGAGGAACUCAAGAAACAGAUGCUGAAGUUCAGCAGCAUGGCUCCUGAUCUGGAAAGACUGAAUGAUCUGGGUUACAGACUUCCUCUCAAUGACUCUGAGAUCAAACGCAUGCAGAACCUCAACAGAAGCUGGUCCAACACCUCAGCUCAAACCACAGAGAGAUUCAGUAAACUCCAGGCCCUUCUACUGCAGCAACAGACAUUUCUGGAGAAGUGUGAGACAUGGAUGGACUUCCUGGUGCAGACGGAGGAGAAACUGGCCGUGGAGAUUUCCGGAAACUUCCAGAGUCUGAUGGAGCAGCAGAGAGCUCAUGAGUUGUUUCAGGCAGAGAUGUUCAGCAGACAACAGAUUCUACACUCCAUCAUCAGUGAUGGACAGCACUUGCUGGAGCAAGGACAAGUGGAAGACAGAGAUGAGUUUAAGCUGAAGUUGGCUCUUCUCAGUAACCAGUGGCAGGGUGUGGUGAGACGUGCUCAGCAGCGGAGGGGAAUCAUUGACAGUCUCCUCCGUCAGUGGCAGCUCUACAGGGAGAUGGGGGAAAAGCUUCGGAAGUGGUUGGUGGAAGUGUCCCAUCAGGCUGAAUCCCUGCAGGCGGGCACACCUAUACCUCUGCAGAAGGCACGAGCCAUGUUGGACGCUGUUCAGCUUCGAGAGAAGGUCCUGCAGAGGCAGCAGGGCAGUUACAUCUUGACAGUGGAGGCCGGGAGACAGCUGCUUCUGUCUGCAGACACACGUGCUGAAGCGACCCUACAGGAGGAGCUGCUGAACAUUCAGGAAUGCUGGAGACACGCUAACAUCCGACUGGAGGAGCAGAAGAAAGAGCUGGCUGUGCUGCUUAAGGAUUGGGAGAGAUGUGAGAAAGGCAUUGGAGGAUCUCUGGAGAAACUGAGAGCGUUUAAACGACAACUCUCCCAGUCGCUGCCAGAUCGCCACGAGGACCUGCAGUCUGAACAAAUGCGUUGCAAGGAUCUGGAGAGUAUGUUUGAUGGCUGGAAGGAGGAUCUGACUCACCUGACGUUGUUGAGAGAAUCUCUGUCCAGCUACAUCAGUUCUGAAGACCUGUGUGUGUUACAGGAGCGCAUUGAACUUCUACACCGCCAAUGGGAGGAGAUCUGUCACCAGUUGUGUCUGCGCAGGCAGCAGGUGAGUGAGAAGCUGAAUGAAUGGGCGAUCUUCAAUGACAAAUAUAAGGAGCUCUGUGAAUGGUUGACUCAUAUGGAAAGCAAAGUAUCUCAGAAUGGAGACAUCAGUAUUGAAGAGAUGAUUGAGAAACUACGAAAGGACUAUCAGGAGGAGGUGGCGAUGGCUCAGAAGAAUAAACAUGAGCUUCAGGAGUUGGGGGAGCGUUUAGCCCAGGCCAGUCUUGAGAGCAAAGCUUCUGACAUAGAACAAAAACUCAGCAAGCUCAAUGAACGCUGGCAGCACCUGCUUGACCUCAUAGGAGCCAGGGUGAAGAAGCUUCGGGAGACACUGGUGGCCGUACAGCAGCUGGAUAAUAACAUGAGCAGUCUGCGCUCCUGGCUCGCACACAUUGAGACCGAACUGUCUAGCCCCAUCAUCUACGGCACCUGCGACUUCCAAGAGAUCCAGAGAAAACUGGACCUGCAACAGGAGCUGCAGAGAGACAUGGAGAAGCACAGCACAGACGUGGCGUCCGUGCUGAAUCUGUGUGAAGUUCUCCUGCAUGACUGCGAUGCCUGCGCUACAGACGCUGAGUGUGACUCCAUCCAGCAGGCCACACGAAAUCUGGACCGCCGCUGGAGGUCCAUCUGUGCCAUGUCCAUGGAGAGGAGACUCAAAAUUGAGGAGACGUGGCGGCUUUGGCAGACGUUUCUCGAUGAUUUCUCGCGCUUUGAGGAGUGGCUAACUGUGUCGGAGAAGACCGCCGCUCUGCCAAACUCCUCUGGUGUCCUUUAUACUGUCGCCAAAGAGGAACUGAAGAAGUUUGAGACUUUCCAGCUUCAGAUGCAUGAAAGUUUGACUCAGCUGGAGUUGAUCAAUAAACAGUAUCAGCGGUUGGCACGUGAGAAUCGCACUGAUGCGGCCUGUUGUCUGCGGGAGAUGGCACACAAUGCCAACCAGCGCUGGGAUAAUCUACAGAGACGAGUGGCAUCAGUUCUUCGCAGACUCAAGCACUUUAUAAGUCAGCGUGAGGAGUUUGAGACAGCGCGGGACUGUAUUCUGGUGUGGUUGACAGAUAUGGACCUGCAAUUAACAAAUAUCGAGCAUUUCUCAGAAUGUGACGUUCAAGCCAAGAUCAAACAGCUGAGGGUGUUUCAGCAGGAAAUCUCUCUGAACACAGCAAAGAUUGACCACAUAUUCCAGCAGGGUAAAGCUCUGCUAGUGAAGAGUGAGCCGAUAGAUGCAGCUGUGAUUGAGGAAAUGCUGGAAGAACUACAGCGGUACUGCCAGGAAGUGUUUGGACGGGUUGAACGAUACUACAAGAAGCUGAUACGAUUACCGCUCACAGAUGAUGAACAUGACGUUUCGUACUUGGACCGUGAGCUUGAUCUGGACGAGACUGCUGACGUGUCCAGUUUUCCGUGGAGUGAACAUCUGGCUGACGGUCUGCUGUCCCCUCUGCCCUCCUCCAGUCAGUCUGCAUCACUCGCCGCUCCUGUACGGACCGAGUGCUCGGGCCGAGACACUCCGGCCAGCGUGGACUCCAUCCCUCUGGAGUGGGACCAUGACUACGACCUAAGCCGUGGUCUGGAGACUGCCACCAGAGCCCUGUCAUCUGAACCAGGAGAUCAAGGAGAAAAUGGAUACCUGCAAGGAUCUGCAUCAGCUCUCUCAGAUGUAGUGAUUCCAGAGAGUCCUGAAGCGUAUCUAAAACUUACAGUGCAAACGCUGAAGUCCAGCACUGGUGAUGCCGAGACUCAUAUCAGACAGCUGGAUAAAGCUUUGCACACCAGCUGCUUCCAUCUGCAGCAGACAGAGAACAUCAUACGCAGCCAAACCCCCACCGGCCCUGAACUGGACACCACAUAUAUGGGAUACAUGCGUCUGCUCGAAGAGUGUCAUGGCAGUAUAGACGCGGUAAAGCGAGUGGGAUUUGAGCUGAAAGAUGAGGAGGACAAGAUAUCUGGUUUCGUCGACCCCAACAGCUCAGAGUCCCAGACAUCGGGUGUGAUAGAGCGCUGGGAGCUGCUGCAGGCUCAGGCUCUCAGUAAAGAGCUGCGCAUGAAGCAAAACCUCCAGCAGUGGCAGCAGUUUAACUCGGAUCUGAACAGCAUCUGCAGCUGGCUGGACCAGACUGAGGAAGAACUGGAGCAGCAGCGAGGACUGGACCUCAGCACCGACAUACAGACCAUUGAGCAACGAAUUAGGAAACUAAAGGAGCUGCAGAAAGCUCUGGAUAAGCGUAAGGCCUUCGUGCUGUCCAUAAACCUGUGCAGCGGUGAGUUUGUGCAGUCAGACAGCGAGGAGGCACGAGACCUGCAGCGACGACUGAAGGAGAUGAACAAUCGCUGGGAACAUCUGAGCAGCUGUCUGGAUGAGUGGAGAAACGCUCUACAGGAAGCUCUGAUGCAGUGCCAGGAUUUCCAUGAGAUGAGUCAUGGUCUCCUCCUGUGGCUGGAGAAUAUUGACCGGAGAAGAAAUGAGAUCGUCCCUAUUGACCACACUCAGGACAGCGAUACCUUACAGGAGCAUCACAAAACACUUUUGCAAAUCCGUCUGGAGUUGCUGGACUCCCAGUUGAAGGUGGCGUCCCUGCAGGACAUGUCCCUACAGCUGCUGGUCCACUCAGAGGGCAGUGACUGUCUGGAAGCCAAAGAGAAGGUGCAUAUCAUCGGGAACCGUCUCAAACUGCUGCUGAAGGAGGUCAAUCGAGACAUUAGAGAGUUGCAGAAGACCCUGGACAUCACCAGCAGUCAACAGGAUCUGUCAUCUUGGUCAUCUGCUGAUGAGAUGGAUACAUCUAGUUCCGUGAGCCCUGUGUCUGGACGCAGCACUCCCAGUCGCCAGCGAUCGCCACGGGGCAAAAGUAGUCUGUCGCAGCCCGGAGAGUCUGUGAGCAGUCCACUUCACAGGUCUCGCAACGCCGCUGGAUCCGGUUCCUCCCAUUCUGACAAGGAAGAACCAUUGUCCUGGUGCAAAACCUUCCUGAAACGCGUCCUCUGGGCCGCACUGCCCCUGCAGCUCCUCCUGCUGCUGCUGGUGGUCGUGGCCUGCCUCAUGCCUACGUCUGAAGAAGACUACAGCUGUGCCCAACUCAACAACUUUGCCCGCUCCUUCCACCCCAUGCUUAGCUACACCAAAGGGCCUCCACCCAUAUGAGCCUAACAUGUUACUCGGAAUUGACAACUGCCAUAAUGAGUAGUUUGGCAGUGAAAAGUGAAUUAUUAUCGUGUCCUUGUAUAGCAAAAUACAGCUGCUGAUUUUAUAGUACAUCACCGAGUCUUGUGUAGAUGUUAGAAACAAGCCUAUUGCACUGAAAAUUUGAUAUGCUGUAAGACAGGUCAUUUUUAGUACUACACAUGUUCUUCCAAAUUUGAAAAACAAGGAAAAGAGUCUUUUUUUAGGAGAGCAUUAGAUAUUAACUCAACACUGGUACAGUUGAAAGAACUGAACGGUUGAUCGGGUUUAAAGACCUUUUUAAAUCAUGGAAAUGAUUUACUUUAUUGGAGAGAAUUGUGCAGAAUUGCUUGAAACAAAUGAACAACUUGUAAAAAAAUGGAGAAAAGAAAAAUUUAUGAACUCUAUAUUGCAAUUAUUUUUUUAUAUGUAUUUUUGGCAUGUGGUCAUCCUUUUGGUUUUAAAAUAAUCAUUUUAUUGGAAUUGCCAUUGUUGAUUUUUAAUUUUUGAUCUUGACUAACUUACUAUAAUAAUCAAGUUAACUGUGUCAUGAAUAUACUUUAUUGUAUGUUAACUACUGAUAUCAAAGAAAAGGAUAUGUAUGUUUAUACAGUUUGCUGAGGCUUGAGAAACCUUUGCAAUGAAAAUACACAUACAGUAUGAUAUACACAAAA